AUGGACAUCUCGUACGACAUAAGCGUGCCCCUCAUCAUAGGGAAGCCUUUCGCCACAGAUGAUAUUUGGAAUUGCCAUCGAUCUAUCAUAACGAGACUCUAUCGAGAUAAGAACAAGUCUUUGAAGCAAGUUAAGCAGAUCAUGGAACGCGAUUACAACCUGUUCGCCACCGAAAGAAUGUUCAAGACCCGAAUCAAGAGCUGGGGGCUCGACAAGAAGUUCAAAGAGGCCGAGUCUUGCACAUACUUCGGCUCAAGCAGGAACGGGACGCGGUAG